AUUUGUAGAAUUGCAGGGGUUGCUCAGUCAUAUUACAGGAGUUACUUUGUUUUUUUUACAAAUGGUCACAUGGUGAGGCCAACCAUAUAUAAGACAAAUUGAUGAAUUUUGGUGUGAGAGGGUUAAUGGCCUAUGUUUUGGUAAUUAAGACUUAGGUCAGAAUCCGACUAUUGACCUUAAAUUUUCGAGACCCAAAAAUACUCCAGAUAUCCUUGCAACAGGUGACUUCAAAACCGUGUGUUUUUCUUUAUUCAAUUUAACACAAUUGGUGAAGCUUAUCAAACCAUACCCAAAUCUAAUGGCAACUAACUUGUGCACUUUGGCACCAACUCUUUGUUUCUCUCUCCCAACUUCCAUCUACACCAAAACUUCACCUUUAACAAUCACAGUCACAAAAACAACCAUAAAAAACUACCAAUAUCAAAUUCGACCUCCAUUAAUUCCUUCUGUUCGAGCUUCUUCAGGCCCCAAUUCUUCUGAACCAACUUCACCUUCAAACUCAGUUACUCCUAAUCUUCAGGACGACGUUACAUACUUGUUGAAGUUAGCUGCUGGUUCUAUUUUCGGUGCAGCAUUGAUCAAAUACGGCAGUGCUAUUAUCCCGGACAUCACCAAACCCAACAUAACACUGGCUUUGCUGAUGAUUUCUUCUCCUGUAGUCAUAUCUAUUCUGCUUUUAUCUAACAGUAGUCGUAAAGAAUGACCCCUAAUGUGAUAGCAGGAUAUCGACACUAUUGAAUAUCAUGGUUAUAUGUUGAAGCAAUGCAGACAUUGGAGCCAAGAGGCAAACAAAGAUUCAAUUUUAUAUUAUUAUGAAGUUACAGCAAAAUUAUGUAAAUCAAUUGGCGUUUAUAACAAACAACGAUUUGAAUGCAAAGUUUUGUAAACAAUGUCUUUCAAAUAACAUCUUUUGUGUACGAAUUUUUUUUAUAAGCAAUGACGAAUUGACGAUUGAACCGA